CAAAAUUAAAAAAUAUACAGGGAUGGAGCAUUCAAUCCGUAAAGGCCCAAGUGCUUUGAAUCAACUACGUUUUGCAGGAGAGAUAAUGUUUGAUAAUUUCCAUGACCAAAUCAGGUGGGAUAAAUAUAAAAAGAAGCAAAGAAAACGAGAAGACCAUCACCUCAGACGGUCACUAGGCCUUGGAGGAAUUUCGAGAAAAAUGUGGAGGAAGGAAAAUGAGAGGUUUAUGUACGAUGAUGAGAAAUUGAUCAAACCUGACACACCACUGAAGGAAAUAUUUCCUCAAGAUGAGGUAAAAGAAAAGUUGAAGACUAUUGAUAUCAUCACUGAGCACCCUAACCCUACUAAUCCUCAUGCUCUUUCGAAUUCCCAAAAGAUUUACAAGACUCUUAAAAUUGCUCGAACUUACCAGCCAAGGCCUCCUAGCAGUGGGUUGAAAGAGUACUAUUACUUUCACCCUCAGAACAGGUAUAAGCACAGAUUUUACCCAAAAAAUUUCAAUUAA